CUUUUAGGAUGGCAAAGGCACUCGAUGAAUGUUUUUCGAACUCCGUGUUUGCGCAUACUUGCAUUACUGCAGGUAGUCCUUUGUGUGCAGUACUCCAUUUUUCCGGAUGCCUAAUUGCUUUAGCGUUUGCUUGCUUUUCUGGACAGAUUCUAAUAAAUGCUAGUGAAUCAGUCUCUGAAUCCAUUUGGUUUUCAAAAUGGUACGAGGCGGAUCUUAGAUUGCAGAAGGACAUUUUAUUUAUGUUAACAAAAAGCCAGAAAAUUUUCUAUCUUACGGCUGGACCAUUCAGUACUCUUUCAUUUCCAUUACUGGUUUCGAUUGUCAAAUUUUCUUACUCACUAUUUUGUUUAUUGACUUCAUGAAAUAUAAAAUUUGAUGUGCUCACAUGUGCAAGAAACAGCCACAGAUAACUUCUAACAAAUUAUACUGUUCAAAGCUUACUCAAUACACAAUUAUUUUCAAUAACCGGUAUACGCGUACAUCGUUUAUUUCAUGGAGGAACGUUCUGCACAAAUUUUAGGUUUGAAAGAUAUCUAAAUUUUCUGUAAUUUGGAAAAAUGUUAUAAUAUGACAAC